GAGAAAACCGCUCGUGGGGGUGAUGUGCGAUUCGCACUGUCAUCCUGACUCCAGUCCAUCCUCUCUUUGGCUACAGGGCCUGGCAUGCAGUCAGCACUGAACAAAGGUCAGCUGUUCCUACUAUUGUCAUUACGCGGGGGGCCUUGGAGGAGCAGGUUGAAGGCUGUUUGAGUCGCCCUUGGAUCCAACACUAGCCUAGACCCGAGAACAAGGCUAUUCGGAGGAAUAGGUGCGCCGGUGGUGUGGGUGAGGGACCCGUUUCCAUAGAAACAAACGAAUGCUUUCGGAGGGCGCGUGCGCAGAUCGGGAACAGGUUGUUGAACCGGCGAAAGGUGACGUAAAAGCGCACGGGGUGAGACGCAGGGCUCGGAACGUCAAAGCCCUGCGUCCUCCGGCGUCCCGGGCGGAGGAAAGGCGCGCUCCUUGGCGGCGGUAACAGCAGCCCACAUGGACCGAGGCUACAGCAACCCCCGCUAAACCGAGGCCGGCGGCGCGGAGCGGACGUGCGAAGCAACGCGAGUGAGGCGCGGGGGCCGUGCCCACACCUUUGAAGACCCCUCAGGGGGAACCGCCGGCGGCUGGACUCCCGUCCCGGCUGCGAGGCCCCGCCUCUCGAGUCUUGGGACUAAUCGGUUUGAGAGCGCGCGGUGCCGAGCCGCGAACUCUCCAAUUACAGAGGGCGACGGGCACCGCCCAAUCCGAAGCAGACAGGUGCGAGGUCCGGAAGGCAGCGACCAAUCGGCAGCGGUUGCGGCCUAUUGGGGCCGGUCUCGGCCAAUGAGGAGGUCCGAGUGACAUCUUUGCACACCAAUCGGGAGUGAGAGAGCGUUUGUGCCUGUCCGCCCUUCCGGCCAGAGCUCUAUUUACUAGGGGCGUGCAGCCCGCCUGCCAAUCAGAGCGCAGCUGAGUGGCCAGGCAGCCAACCCCGGAGGAGCGGCCGGCGGGGUCCGCCGCACCCAAGAGUUGGGGAUGUCCUACAAACCCAUCGCCCCCGCCCCCAGCAGCACCCCGGGCUCCAGCACCCCUGGGCCCGGCACCCCAGUCCCUACAGCCGGAAGUGUCCCCUCGCCAUCGGGCUCGGUGCCUGGAGCUGCUGCCCCUUUCAGACCACUGUUUAACGACUUUGGACCGCCCUCCAUGGGCUAUGUGCAGGCAAUGAAGCCACCCGGCGCCCAGGGCUCCCAGAGCACCUACACGGACUUGUUGUCGGUCAUAGAGGAGAUGGGCAAAGAGAUCCGGCCCACCUAUGCCGGCAGCAAGAGCGCCAUGGAGCGCCUGAAGAGAGGCAUCAUCCAUGCCCGGGCCCUAGUCAGAGAGUGCCUGGCAGAGGCAGAGCAGAACGCCCGCACGUAACAGGAAGCACCUCCGCCUCGAGUCUGGACCUUUCCUGGCCACUGCAGGGCACCUGCUUCUCCCUGGCCUUCACCCCGAGUUGCACUUCCUGUCCUGUGUCCCUUGGUGGGUACUCUCCAGGAACCGGGGGUGGCUCUCACUCGUUGGCAGCACUAACUUGGAACCCCUGGAAUACUUAGCAGCGAGGUCACUGUGAGUCCCACUCAUGAGCUGCCGUCAGUGUUGAUGCAACUGGAGUUUUCUUCUUCCUGUAGCCCCCACGACUCAGCACUCACCCAGGACUUCUCACCACUUUGUCCCAGACCCCUUCUCCCCCAGCAGGCCUUCAGAAGGCCUGUCGCCUCCCUGCCUUGUCUCCUGGGCCAUAGCCUCUCUUUUCUCAGUGUGUCUUUUGCUAAACAUGCCCUUUUUUUGUAUAAAUAAAAGAUAAUUUGGAGUUGUUCUCUCA